UGGGGGCUUUUAUUUCCUUCAUCAAAGGCGUUAUCAGCUUUUUCACUGGGAAGUCCAAAGAGCAGAGAGAGGCAGAGAAAAGAAAAGAUGAGGCGGAGAGGAAAGAAGCAGAAGCUAGAAAAAUUGUACAAGAUCGGCUAAUUGUUUCAGGCCUGACAAUUACCCUUGCAGAACUAGAUGAAGUUGCAGUUUACUGGAAACCUCUGGAACGAAAUGUAAAAUACAAUGUGAGACUGUCACGAUUUGACCUCGGAGAAAUGGAGACAGUUCUUUUAAACAAGACCACUGAAGAGAACAAAGUCAAGUGGAAAGGUGACACAGUUAAAUACAACAGCAAAUUUUUCAAAGUUUCUGUCCAGGCUGUCUACCUUCAUGAUGAUAUAACGUUUGAAGGAAAGGAGCAGUUGGUAUCAAAAGAGGUCAAGCCUCUCCUUCCACAGCCGUCAGAACUUGACGUUCAUUCAAGGCGUGAUGGAAGGGAGGUUUAUAUCAGAUUUUCUCAAGUCAAGUUCGCGGUUGAUUACAAAGCUGAAGUGAUAACCCAUGAUGGUACCAUAGUCGGAAGUGCCAUCGUAAAGGGGCAUUCUGAAAAAGAAGAGAUAUCUCACGUGUUUUACGCAGAGAAACUUACUGCCGGAGCUCCCGGCGAGACUCGGGUUCGUGUUUGUGCUCAGGCACAAGACGCAGUGCCAGGAGAAUUCAGAUACUCAGAGGAACUUCACCUCGUAGCGGCACCCAAUGAUGUUCAUGUCACGUACGAUUCAAAGCCACAGCAACUGACCAUUGAAUGGAAAGUGAGCGCCACCCAAAAAAUCUCACGAUUCCUCUGUGAGAUAAAUUCGGCCGAACCAGAUAGCAUAAUCUUUUCAAGAGAGGUUGCAAGAAGGACGGGGGGCAAUCUUAAAUCGAUCCUUAAAGUACAAGUCAGUGAAAUAGCUGGUCAUGCGAGGUGUCCCUACAGUAUUCGCAUAUGUUCCCUGGGAGAACCGGCAGCGCUCGCAAGUGUCUUUGUUAGUAAUACGGAGAAAAUUUCCUUCCUUUCUAAAGUUCAAGGUGUAUCCCCAUCAUACGACCCUCAGAGCAAUAAACUUACCGUUUUCUGGAGACCUAUCACAGGAGCAAAAAUGUAUGAAGUUAACAUAAGAGAGAAGACAACUAAUUCAAGCGUCGCGAAAAAGCUAAUUUGCGAAGCAAAGAAGGACGAGGUGGUGUUUGAAAUGGAUGAAAUACAGCUGAAAACUGGCAUGAUGUACGUUGUGUCAGUGAUUGCCCAGGGUAUGGAUACUCUUCAUCUUCCCAGCAUGCCGUCGACAUCAAGGACAGAGUUUUCCCAAUUGCCAAAACCUGCCUCUGUUAGUCAGGAAUACUCAUUCAAAGAUAGAAUGCUGAAAGUCGCUUUCAAAUCAGUUCCUGAAGCAGAGUCUCAUGUGAUUGAAGUUUUUAGUAAGACUACGCCUUCCAAAAUAGCAGGCAAACAUUUUGUUCCGAAGUCAGCUGGUACUUGGUCCCCAACAGUAACCUAUUCUUUUGAUGUCAAUAAAAUGAGCUUUAAUGAUGGUGGCCUAUUUGCAACAAGAGUCGUUGCAAAAGGUAAUGCAAAGUGGAUGAACAGCCCACCCUCUGUAAGCCUGACCGACUUAAAGUGCGGGGAUUCUCCGAAAAGCGUUUCCUUGAAGUAUAACAUCCAGUCUAGACAGUUGGAGUCGGUCAUUUCUUCAAAAUCUGGACACUUCACUUUGUUUUUAGAGGACAUUUCUCACAAAAGUAACUACUUGAGCAAGCAGGAAUUUGUUGUUAAACAAGAUGUCGUAGAUCAGUCAGUUCAUCACACGCUGUUAAAGUUUCCUAUCAACCCAGCGAACGAACCGCAAGGUGCGACAUAUCAAGUUUUCGUUGUGAACAUUGGGGAUCAAAAUAAUUUGCCUAGUGAGGUGAAAAAGUCGAACGAAGUGUGUUUGCUUGAUCCACCUGCCUCUGUGACACAGGAAUAUAAAAACGGAGUUUUCGCUGUAACCUGGAAAUCCGUGCAAUCGGCAGCUGGGUAUGGAAUCCAAGUCUUUAACUCUAAGACUGAAUUCAUAGCCUCUGAAGAGAGAGUAACCCACGAUUUGUGUCUAGUUGGCAACCAGAUGAAGAAGGAAUUUGACGUAUUAUCGAUGUCGUUAGAAUCCAAUGGGCUCUACCAAUCACAAGUUAUGGUGCUAGGAGAUGAGGUCAACAUUGGAGGAGCGAGCACAAAAUCUGAAUCGACUAUUCUGUCUUGCUCCUCACCAAUGGACGUCAACAUCACCUUUAACAACGAUACACGUCGCAUGAUCGUAAGCUGUUUAUCUUCUUGUGAUGGAACUGUAAGACUUGGAGUUAUCGAUGGCACCAAAGUGAAAACCAAAGAAGGAGAUAUCAAAGAGGCGCUGCUGGGAUGUAAAGAGUUAAAAUGUAAUAGAGGAGGAAGAGAGGUCACAGAAUUUGAUGAAAGUGUUGUAACUACUUCCAUUGAUGGUCGCUACAAAGGGGUUGCUCAGAUGAUCGAAACACAAGCGGAGGUUUGUCUUCCAAGUGGCUUCUCCUUUUCUAAAGAAGAAGUGGUCUGGUUGAGGCCAGCUUUACCAAUCCACAUAACUUUCGAUCCAGGAAGUUCAACUUUGAAGAAAACUUGGACUCCUGUACAUCUAGCUCUUCGAUAUUUGAUAGAAAUAGUACAAACAAGGAAAGAGGAAAGUGGAACUACCACUCUUAUUCCGUUUUCGGACGAGGUAUCGAAAGAUGCUAUCUCUUGCAGCGUCAACACAGAAAAUUUCUCUGUAAAGGGGAUUGACAAGUUUGUGGCGAAAGUCCAGCCCAAAGGAAGCCAAGGCCAAGUUAUUUCACUUCACUCUAUCGGUUACUCUACAGAGACUCUGGUCUGCGAAGAAUCUCCAACCAAUGUUGAAGUUUUGCAAGUUGACGACAAAUGUGUUAAAGUGUCCUGGGAAGGAUAUUCGUCCACAGAUUUCGAAUUGAGCGUUUGGAAAACGUCAGACUCUAGCCGUUCAAAAAAAGGAGCCAGUAAGUCAACCAGCCACCAGUUGACAUCAACGGCUGAAGCUCUAGGCAUGUCGUCCUCGGGCUGGUACAGAUUUGGAGUUCGUGCAGAGGGGUCGAACAACAAAUUACACAGUGCAUACACAGAAGCUGAUUUCUUGGCGGUCAUCUUGGACGCUCCAAUUGCUGUUACCAUGAGGAAAAAUUCUGCAGUAACACUACAGUGGGUUCCCGUUGAGAACAUUCCAACUCAAGACUAUUCAAACUACGUCGUUUCCUUUCGCGAAAACGACGAAAAUUCAGAUUGGAGACAGGUAGACGUAGAAUUAUCGGCGACAGAGAAAACACUCGAAGAUUUGCAACCGGACAGAGACUAUUUAUUCUGUAUCUCUGUAGCGAGUGCCAAACGAGGAAUUGGUAUUAGAAGCCCAGCCACUUCUGUUCACACAGAUGCCGCAGUCGGAUUGCAAGGUAACUUGUUGGAAAAUUCAAACUUUGCACCUGCCACAACCUGGGACGAAAGGGGCUUUGCGUCUAACAUCAUCACAGACCCAUGGCAUUUGAUACAGCCAUCACUGAAUCAAUAUAGACUAGAGAAUUCCCCCCAUGACACUGAUGACUGGCCAAAAGAGAACGGAGGCAGUUACUGGUGUAUUGCCGCAACUAGCGGAACUAGCAAUUGGAGAGUGCAAACAAUCAAUCUAGACACUCAGGGCUUUACUGCUGAAUAUCUAGACGAAAUGAGACCAGCAAUUGAAGUCUUUGAGUGGUUUGCCAUCAGGAAAGGUUGCAGUGGUAGAUUUUUUAUCAAAGUGUCGCUUCUUGACAAUAAAAUGAGGGAGCUUUCUGGAGAGAAACCAUUUUUAGCUCAAAGGCAAGUUGCACAAAGUGAUGGUUCUUGGGAGCGUUUGGGUCACGUUUUUGACAACUAUCCCUCUGGAUUAAGGUUCAUACGAUUUGAGGAUGUUCUAGAUUGCCAGAAGACUUACGACCAAGGUUACCAUCUGAAAGCUUGUGGAGCCACCGUAAAGUUCUCUACCGGGGAAUGAAAACAGCAAAAAUGAAGAUGCAUUGGUUAUAGUGAGCGGUCUACAGUAGUUUUCUAGUAGUAAGCAAGCUAAGAUAGGAUGCAGUAAAAAAAAAAAGAAAAAAAAGACAAUGCUACUGUGUAACAUUAUUGUGAAUUAUUUACAGAUCAUGAUCAGGUCAUUUUCGAUGUGGAUGAAUUUCGAAAUUAGUGUUGGUCUCCUUACAUGGAUUAAGUCGCCUGAUAACGAUACGUGUCUCCUCCAAAUAAUCCCACAAUGAACUGCGCAGAUACGUUUGGUUGUCGGCGUUUGGUAUCUGGGAUUCCUUUCAACGUGUUUAGAGUUAUUAACACCGAUGUUAUUAUUUUCUCUGCUUAAACUAAUAUGAAACAAAUAGAGGAAAAUUAUCUUAGGUAAGUUGAACUGUGGGAAAUAAACGCCUGCCAAAGGUUUGAAAUGAGGUUCUGAAAAAUACACAUUAACUGAGUUUGGCUUUAGAGAUUAGUGAAAUUGUUUCCGUAAGAAAAAAUGGUUAACUUUUCUAUUUCCAGUUUUAUUGGUAAAGGAAGUACAGAAUGGAUUAAUUACUUUUAGAGACCAGGUUGUCUGGAUGAGGGCGCUCAGCACGAAGCCUAUUUUCCAUAAAAUUAAUGGAUAAUGACAUUAAAAACAUUACAGUUAAUGUAACGGAGUGUCACUGGAGGCGAGAAAAAGUGCGAUCGAGUAGAAAUCGAUGGGGAUCUGGGAAGAAUGAGUACCCAGCUAUUUUUUCUCGUCUCAUUUCAAGUUUUAGGGACUAUUAUAAAUAGUUAGAGGGAGAGAAGGGAACGGGUACGAAUAAUUGGAUUUGAUUUCAAUAAUUGGUAUAAAUUACUGGUAUAAACUU